AUGUCUAGUAAGGUCAAAGUCGUUGGUUGUCUAAGUACGACUCUGAGAUCCACGCCACAUCUUCGACCUGCUCUCCCUCUUAUCGGUCCAGCAAGACAUUCGAGUGAUACCCGGCGCAUCUUGGUGCAUGAUCCUAACUUACCUGGAUGUUCAAAAUGGUUCUCAUCGACGUCUUCUCAACUUAACAUCCCUCAACGUACAUUCUUCACUUCAAACCAUGACUCAUCACCUUCUCAGCAAGCCACAAGAAGACUGCCUCCCAUACAUCAAAAUGAAGAGGACGUGCAUAUACACAGAACGACAUCAACACCCCAUUUACCUCUCCCACCUCGAUUACCUUAUUCACCUAAUUCAUACCCUUUCAAAAGACAUAUGGAGAUCCUAGCCCUCUCACUAUACUCAUCUACGGCCGACGAAUCAUGGACGAUAUAUACAUCCUUACAUCCUUCGUUGAGACAGUACAUCCCAGACGAAACGUUCAAGUCUCUCAUAGGCCAUCAGGUAGAUCACCCUGAACAGCAAAAAGCCUGGAGUAGGGUUAGAACUCUAUUAAGAUUGGCGAAGAAAUGUAGGAUGUCCUUGAGUGAGAUUGAUCAGAAGGAUUUGAUAAGGAUCAUCAGAUUAGGUCUGAGAAGGUAUAGAACAGAAUACGAUAGGAGUAAAGAAGGUGAAACUGAAGAGGAUGACAUUUACAAAUUGGUUAAGAGAUUAUGGACAACGUUAGAGAGCAAAAUACCGUUAGAUAAAUUCCCACAUGAAUUGAAGAGAGGGUGGUUGGGAUUACACUGGAGAAGGGUACAAAGGUUAGGAAAGAAAGGUAGAGUUACCAAAGAGGAGAUCAGCGAUCAGAUCAUAGAGAUAGAGGAAAUGGUCAUAGAUAUGGUUAAGAAAGGAGCUAUAAAUACUUCUUUAGGGCACUACAUCGGGGAGAUCUUGAUAUCUUCGGGCGGUAAUACCUUGGAUGGUCUCGAACGCUCUUUCAAGAAUCUAACGUUGUGUAUCGCCCAAGGGGUCAAUAUAAAACACGCUCAUCUUCACAAGAUAGUGAGAAAGUUGGACGUGGUAUGGUCAAAAGAAGGAAACGCCCUAAACUUAGAACACUUCAUUCCGUCUAUAUUAGAAUCAUUGAACAUCGACCCGAUCUCUAGCACAUCCCGCAUACUAUAUUCAGCAUUAGAUACUUCGACCAGAAGAGCCAGGACGAGAGUCCAAAAAGCUUUGGACCUUCUAGAAAAUCAUCAAUCAAGUGUUGGAGGACUAAUAGGAAGAGGGAUUUCAUUAUCUAAAUCUACUCAAGGAGAUAUCUUGUUCAGGUUAGACACAGCUAUACGUUUACUUGAACUUGCUCUUCAACAAAAAGAAGGAGAUUGUGGGGCAUUGAUAUCAUCAUUAACUAUUGCUUUACACCACGCGAAACGGUCUACACCUCAUUCAUCCUCUUCAAUACAUGAAAUCGACAAACUGAUCAUUCGAUAUGUCAGAUCAUUACAUGAAAGUCAAGUCAUACCCCAACUGUCGUCCGAGUCGAUCAUCCCUUUAUUCAGAUUGAUCCUUUCGGUCUUACCUUCAUCAGAAGCUUAUAUCCUAUCAAGGAAAAUCUACCAACACUCCCGAUCAACUACUCCUCUGUUCAAAUGGUCUUUCAAGAACUUAUACCUAUGGCAAAAGUUAUUUAGAUAUUCGCUUACCUCGCCGAAUCUGCACUUACAUUUCGCCUCUCGGCUUUACACCGACCUGCUGGCCGAUGGAUUAUCGAUUCGAAAACCAGAUAUGUUAUUGUUGAUCCGUUCGAUAGGUAUGAAAUCCAGUCCAUCGAGAGCAAUAUUGUUAGAAAGACAUAUAAAAGAUUAUCUAUGGUCCGGAAGCUAUGGCCAUUCCCUUUCACCGCUUGUGUUAGCUUUGACUCAAGGAUUAACACAUGGUGGAAUACAGGAUACGGACUUGGCGUUGAAUCUGACUGAAAGGCUGUUACAAGAUCAACCUAUCCCUCUUCAGGCACUGGAAACCCUGGUUCACAACUUGUCGAGAUCUACAAGAUCACAAGAUAGGAUCAGGGUAUUCCAACUUCUACAACAGGUCAGUAGGAAGGAAGAGAAAGCUAUUAGGAUCUAUAAUAUUGUUUUAUCAAAUCUCAUCAAAUCGUCUUCUUCUCAUCAGAGAGUUUCGAAUGAUGGAGAAGAGGGAAAUGCUAGGUUGAGUCAUCGAGAGACUUUAGGCUAUGCCAUAUACCUAUACAAGGAGAUGAUUUCCAAGGGGAUCAAACCUGACAAUAGGAUUAUAUCGAAUAUGGUUAGAGUGUUACUAGAUUCGGGUCAUUUGGAUUCGGCUUUGGAUGUAUUCAAAGCUUCGAUCGAUUCGUCUUCUACAGAGGAAAGAACGGGGUUCAGGAUAAAAUCGAAUGUCGUCGGAAAAUUGAUGGUCAAUCUUGUCAUGGCCAAUAGAACCACGGAGGCGAAUCAAGUAGAAUCAUCUUGGAGAAAAAUCAACGAGAAGUCGGAAGGAAAGGUCUGGGAUAAAGGUGUAAUCGGAGCUAGGAUAUUGAUUGAUAUAAAAGAUGGGAAAGAGGUUGAUAUGGAUCAAGUUAUGAGACAAACAGGUUGGAAAGGUAAAAAAGGAUUUCUGAAUUUUUUACAAAGUCUUAGACCACCUUCGUCAACUCCGCCUACUCUGACCCCUGCAUUGGGGAAAGACCGAGUGGACGUAGAGAAGAGAGAAGUAGUGAUGAAUCAUGAUGAUGGGAAUGAUAAAGGUGUAAGGUCCGCUUGGGAUCCGAAUAGAAGGAAUGAAAGAGAUAGCGUUAGGGUGGAUCUUUGCAUGUCAUCGGAAUUGGGUAUGAUAUAUCAUUAG